AUGAGUUUCUCAUCGUCUAAUGCGAUGGGAUUCCAUUCCGAUUUCUGGGAUCACCAUUCGCAGCUUACGAAACCCGUUGCCUCGAGCCUUGCAAGUUUGAAAGGGAUAGGAUUUUUCAAUGACAAUGUAUGCAAGCCAGAUCUACCAAACAAUGGGAAGGUAGACGAAUUUAAAGGACCGCGUAUAUAUAUGGGAGCUUUGAACAUAAGAAAUGACAUCUGUGAGUAUAUUAAGUAUUUCAACGUCGCACAACUCAAGCAAUAUAUGGCCGACAAAGGUGUGGAUACCGAUCAUAUAACCUGCGCAGACGUCGUCAACGACUACAAGCUAAUAGAAAACCUGGCGCAUGUGCAGCAGCUGGUUGCCUUGACUCAGAAGUAUGAGGAUCCCGAUCCCACCGCUUUCGUUGCCAAGGUACCACGGAAAAACGAAAAAGAUAUAGAAGAAGCGGGAACGAAGGCAGCUUCCUAUCUCACGUACAGUUCAGACUUUAAAAUAAAAUACGUGCCCCCGCCGCUAGCGAAAAAAUGCCCGUCAACUGCAUACCCAAGCUUCACCCUCAUGUUCGCCGCGGCCGUUGACGCUGUGCAUAAGUUCGCACUUUCCGACGCAGAAGAGAGUAAAGAAGCAGUUUCGUACGUGAAGCGUGCAUGCCUGCAUCUACAGUUGUUUACAGGUGGCGCGAUUUCAGGUGCGCAACUUAUAUAUGACCUCCUGCAGGACUAUGCUACUAUGGGAUACGUUUUGAUAGAUGACAAGUCAGACGGAAAGCCACCCGCGACAAUUAGAGAGGCGAUUGAAAUGGCGAAGUUUGUCAUAAGGGGCGAAAUGCAACAGCGCACCAUCUACAAGCCGGAUCUUGCCAUAUCGCUUUCCCCGGGAGGGUUCCUCCUGCCCAUGUUCGUUGGAUUCGUGGACUACCUCAUGGAGCUAAACAUUAUGAACAUGACUGUCCCCAUCUCGGGUAGUUCCGCGGGAUCCAUUACAUCGGUUGUCACAUCAGUAUACAAUCGAAACCGAUAUGAGAUCAUGGAGUUGUUUGAAGAGCCUGCCGAGGCGUUCAUGUCAAACACCCCCAGGGGCACUCUUGACGAAGUGUUCACGCCUAUGGUAUCAGCGUUUGUGCCGAAAGAGCUGUACAAGACGUUGAAUGAAAGGAUCGGCCGGGUACAAGUCAAUUAUGGCGUUCGCAAAGAUGGUGAAUUCGAGCCGAGGUGUGUUACUUCUUAUGAGAGCAACGAGGCGCUCAUAAACGCCGUUAGGGCCAGCUCUAACGUGCCGAGCUUUUUCAAGAUGGGAGCAGUCGUGAUAAAUGGUGAAGAAGCGUACGAUGGUCUGUUUGCUGCCAACAACUUCUUUGUAGGGGCCACCAAGUCGCCGGGAAGACGAACAGUGAGGUUCAGUCCCAUGCCAUUAGGUAUCGGAAGAUUCAUAGGAACAAGCCUGAUGAACGGCGUUGCAAAUUCUUUCCUACAAAAGAAGGACAUGUUCUACAUCCACUUCAUCCGACUCAAAAGUCUUAUCAGGCAACUGCUUACACGCAGGAUGGAGUACCUAAGGUUAGACAAAACUGAGCAGUGGCGCGCUGAGAUCGAGCAAAGCAUUAAGGUCUACAAUGCCAUCGCUACGUCUAAGCGCAGCCGAGGAAUACCCACUGGUGAAGUUGAAAAAUGGAUGAAAAUGCUGAGCACGAAGCCCGGAGAAACUCAAAGUGAAGGCGCGCAGCAGGAUUGCGCUUUGACAAAGCUAUUCAGGCUAGUAGUGGCAUCGGAACGGGCGUUGAAAAUAGGCACUGGCUCAAAGAGGCACGCAGGAGGGUACAAGGAGAAAUUGGGGAGUGGCAACAUACUUAGGACCUUCACCGAUCCCACAAAAUCGGAUUACAACGGCGUUGAGUUCCUAUCUACUCCGCAUACGCUCAUUGAGUGGCUGUCGUAUGAGUUGGUGUACGUUAGCGACGAAGAGCUCUCGAAGAACCCUGCUGAGGAAGAAAUCAACACGCUGAAAGACAUACUACACCACCUAACGCCGCCCGCGUCAUUCACGUACCACUUCACCGAUUUCCCCUUCAUCAUCCUGUCGGGAUUGUCCACCCUCGAGAACAUGGUGCCUAGCUUCUACCCUGCCGAGACGCAUACAGGACGUCACCUGUUCGACACGGGUCGGGCCAUGGGUCUUCGCUGGCUGCUGGCUGAGUACAUUGCAUUUGAGAACUGGCUGUACCUCAGGAUCAGGCAGCUAACUGAAGAACCGGAACUGGCCACAUUGGAAUGGCAAAAGGUUACCCCUAGGGCCACCCAGGAGGCGCAUGCCCACAACGUAGAACCUCUGCACAUUCGGCAGUACGACCGCCUGAAUAGCACCGUCAAUUUGAUGCGCAAGGAAAGGGUUUAUGAGCUAUUGCAACUCUUUGAAGAGCAAGCCCCGGUCACGGACGCAAAAAGGCUGUUGUUCCGGUUGCAGAAUCGCCUCAUGAGACGCGCUCUGGCGUACGGGAUUGUGAACCCGCACUUCUUACACAUCCUUGGCCACCGGCAUUUCUGGAUAAACGAGGAUUUCUGA